AUGUUGCUGAGGGUAUGCGGACACGAAAGCAAAUGGUGCGCAUUAAGGCCUGUUCGGAAUUUCGCGUCACAUUCUAGUUCACAAGAAAAUAUCGAGAGAAAACCAGAUAAGUAUAGACCUGGAUCAGAUUCUUAUGCAUAUGAGAAUCCAUGGCCGAAGCUCAAUGGUGGUCGCCUUGAUUGGCUUUUUGGAGAUGGCUGGAGACGUCCUCUAGCAAAAGAUCAAGGAGCGAAAAUGCGGAGGGAAUGGAUCUGGUUCAGUCAAGUUUCGCACGAUGAACAUAAAGAUUGGGUAAAAUUCCAUCAGACAACAUUUCUUCUCUUCACAGUACUGACUACUUGGGUCACCUGCUGGAUAAUGUUUGCGCGUCCUGACUGGCCAAUGGGUCGCGAAUGGGCUCUUCGUGAAGCACAUUUAGAAAUUGCUCGUCGAGAAAAGGCUGGACUUCCUCUCAUCAGUCCUGAUCUCGUUAAGAGAGAACGUGUCCUGGCCAGCUUGCCAGCUGAAGAAGAACUGCGAGAUUUCGACAUUUUGAUCUAA